AUGAAAUACUUAUCACUCUAUGUAAUCCUAAUCAUUUUAUGCAAUUUUAAAGUUAAUGGGUUCGUCAUCGACUACGAAGGAGGUAAGCUAUAUCAAAAUCAAAAAAGAAUUAAAAAAAUUUAAAAAAAAAUAAAAUUUACAUUUUUAAAAUAAAAUGUUUUGUUUAACGAACCAUUUGAGCGUGUUUUAAAAAAAUUAAACUCAAAAAAAUAAUUUUCAUUUUACCCCCCCCAUCCUCUUCUCAUUACCCACGCUCUGACAAAAAUGACCCGUAUAAUACGUACGAAUCACAUAGAAGUAAAAAUUUUUAAAAUCUAAAACUUUUUUUUCAAAAUUUUGUGUUAUCUCCACCCCUUCCCUACCCACGCCCACCGUUUACAUCUCCAUGACCAAACGAAAACAUUUUAUAAAGCCUAAAUCUAUGGCCAAAACCUUGAAUAUCAAAAAAUUGAAAAAUUCCCAAAAAUUUUUGUCAUUCUCCACCGUGAGUACCCACCCCUAAACAUAAAAUUACUCUCAAAGUAAUGACAAUGACCAUGGUCUUUAAAUCUUAAAACUUUUAAAAUUUCGUUGCAGAAACCACACUGACAUUGCCAAUUAACAUUGAUGAAAGUCACUUCAACCUACCUAUUGAUCUCUACAGACCCUACUCUUUUGUUUUUGAUAAGAGCUGCGCUAGGAACUAUACCUGCAGCAAGAAUGAACACCAUAGUUAUGUUGAUCUCAUGUAAGUACCCCUACCCUACCUUAUCCUAUCCUAUCUCAACCAUUACCCAUGUUCCUACCCUAUCAUGCCAUACCUUUCUUACCCUACUUUAUUACCCCCUACUCUCUAUACACCACUUUACUCUACCCUACUAUAACAUACUAAAACGAUAUUUUCAGAAAAUACCAAGAAGCCCAUAAAAUACUACCCCAUCUUGGUUUUAAUGACACCAGAUGUCGCAACAGUCUUCGAGGUGAAGUAGUAGAAGCUACAGUGACCUCGGGCAGUCUCAGAAACCACACCAUGAAUAUCGGAGUGAUCAACCGUGGCAAUAAAGAGAUGACAUUUCAAUAUGACGGAUUUUUUGGACUUGGACUGACCAAUGUCAUGCAAUUUUCAUUUUUACAUUACUUUAUGGAAAGGUUCAUUGAAAAAGUGGCAGUUUUUAAACAAAUCAGCUUUAAAGGCCUGAGGGUGAGUUUUCUAUGCCUAGGUCUAUGAGACAUGUACUACAAGAUAAAAUACGUCACAAUUUAUGAUAAAAAAUUGAAAGGUUUGAAAAUGAUUUUUUUAGAACCCAGAAGGUAAUAUAACAAGUACAAGUAAAGGUAAGCUUUAUAUUGGAGAAAGACGAAUAGCUAAUUGUUCGACUAAUGUUAAGUAUGCCAAAACUAUAAAUAGAAAGAGAUGGAUCAUUAAGGCAGAGUAAGUAUACUAAACGACUCUACUAUACCCGUACUGAAGCGUUUCCUACCUUUUCCUUCCUUCCGGCACUCUUUUUUGCCCCACCCUGCCUUAGCUUGCCAUACCUUACAAAAAGUCUUACCGUACCCUAGGUUCUAACGUACCCUAGACCCUACUGCAACCUAAGCCCAACAGUAUCAAGGCCCUGUCGUACCCCAGGUCCUACCGUACCUUAAGCCUCACAGAACCUAGGCAAGUUCUACUCUACCCCCUUCGGUAAGGCAAUCCUCUCCCACCCUUUCCAACUUCACCACGCCGUACUAUAAAUUAUUCUACCUAACUAAAGCCUGCCGUGCUCCACCUAUACCCUACCUUAUGCUACUGUAACUUACCUUAUCUUACUGUACCCUACCUUAUUCUGCUGAACCCUACCUUAUUUUACUGUACCCCAUCUUAGACCACCAUACCUUGACUUAUUCUACUGUAGCCUACUUUACUUUACUGUACCGUACCUUAUUUUACUGUUCUCAACUUUUAAGAUAAUUUAUUUCUCAGGAAUCCCCCCCUAACAUACUGUACCAAUAAAAUUUCCCAAUAACUACAAAUACAAUGUUUUCAGUAUAA